AUGGGUAUCCUGCUAUCCCUGCCUUUCACAGGCAUUCUCGGGACGGUGGUUACGUCGUCCAUUGCAGGCAUUGCGUUCUGCUUCACUUCAACCGCUGCAUCCAUGUUCUUCAAGUCAUGCAACUGUAACUCGUCCAUCGCAACGCGUGUCGGGUUCGCCAUCAUCUUCUGUUUGAACUCCAUGUUUGCAUGGCUUAUGAAGACUCCGCUUGCGAUACAGACGAUAGAGCGUUGGAGCCAUGGGUACCUGGAGAUGGAUUGUGAAGGGGGGAAGUGUUAUGGUGUACUUGCGGUACACCGCAUUUGUUUUGCGCUCUCACUGCUCCACUUCAUACUGGGCGCGUUGCUCAUUGGCGUGAAGGAUACCAAAGACAAGCGUGCCUCUAUUCAGAAUGGAUGGUGGGGUCCGAAGGUCCUGCUUUGGCUCAUCUUGGUCGGGGUAUCCUUCUUUAUCCCCAACGGCUUCUUCAUGGUAUGGGGGAACUAUAUCGCCCUCAUUGGUGCAACGAUCUUCAUCCUCCUGGGUCUCGUCCUCCUCGUUGACUUCGCGCACUCCUGGUCCGAGACAUGCCUCGAGAACUGGGAGGCCUCGAACUCGAACACCUGGCAGUGGAUCCUCAUCGGUAGCACGGCGGGCAUGUACUCCACGGCGAUCACGCUCACGGGCGUGCUCUUCGCCUUCUUCUCGUCGUCCGGCUGCACGCUCAACCGCUUCUUCAUCGGCUUCAACCUCGCGCUCUGCAUUCUCAUCACAGUCCUCUGUGUACACCCGACCGUGCAGGAGCACAACCCGCGCUCCGGCCUCGCGCAGGCGAGCAUGGUCGCCGCGUACUGCACAUACCUCGUCAUGUCCGCUAUAGGCAAUCACGAGCACGCGCAGUGUAACCCCUUGCGGCGCGGAGGCCUCGGCGAGGGCACACGCACGACAACAGUCGUCCUUGGCGCGCUAUUCACGUUCCUCGCGAUCGCAUAUUCAACGAGCCGUGCAGCGACGCAGAGCAGAGCGCUCGUGGGAAAGGGCCGCUCGGGCGGUGCGGUGCAGCUGCCGAUCGAUUCAGAUGGACACGCGGAAAUGGGUGUCGUCAACACACAACCGAGUCGGAUGGAAUCGCCUCGCUAUCAGGCGCUGCUUGCUGCCGUAGAAGCUGGUGCCAUCCCCGCGUCAGCGCUUGACGAGGAGGAUGAAGACGAUGAGGACGAGAUCGUAGGUGAGACGCGGGACGACGAGCGUACCGGUACACGGUACAAUUACUCGUGGUUCCAUCUCAUUUUCGCCAUUGGUGCGAUGUAUGUGGCAAUGCUUCUUACCGAUUGGAACGUCGUCAAGGCAAACAAGGGUGAGGUCGAUGAUGUCUACAUCGGGCGUUCGGAGGUGGCGAUGUGGAUGCGGAUUGUCUCCGGUUGGGUCUGCAUGCUUUUGUACAUCUGGAGCUUGCUCGCGCCUGUGCUCAUGCCAGAUCGGUUUGAUGACUUCUAGCAUGAGUAAGUAAACUGUAUAUUUUAGUUACCUUGUGUAUUUU